AUGGCUCCCUGGAAGCAACUUUCCCUCGUCGCAGGACUAGCUUCGGCUGCUGCUAUCAGUAAGCGCCAAGAGGAGCUCGCCCAAUACCCGGACUAUGGCCUGCUGGCCGACUGCCCUGGCUACGCAGCUAGCAAUGUGAAGAUUAGCGACAAUGGGAUCAAGGCUGAUCUCAGUCUGGCCGGAGAAGCUUGCAAUGCGUACGGUGAAGAUCUCAAAGAUCUAACCUUGGAGGUUACUUACGAAAGUGCCGACCGCAUUCAUUUGAAGAUUCAGGACAAGGGGAACCAGGUAUACCAAGUGCCCGAGUCAGUGUUUCCUCGACCAGACUCAAAUGGCACCUCUGCGGACGACAAUGCCCUCAAGUUCGAUAUCGUCGAGGAGCCAUUCUCCUUCACGAUCAGCCGCAAGGACAACGACGAGGUUCUUUUCGAUACGUCGGCAGCAUCCCUCAUCUUCGAGUCACAGUAUCUACGCCUGCGCACGCGUCUACCCGAAGAUCCCAGUCUGUAUGGAUUGGGAGAGCACUCCGACUCGCUACGGUUGCCCACCAAAGACUACAUCCGCACAAUGUGGAACCAGGACAGCUACGCGAUCCCAGAGAACGCCAACUUGUAUGGUACUCAGCCUUUCUAUCUCGAGCACCGCGAGACCGGCUCCCAUGGUGUCUUCUUGCUCAACUCCAAUGGCAUGGACGUUAUGAUCAACAGUGACGAAGACGGUCAAUAUCUUGAGUACAACAGCAUUGGCGGCGUUUUUGACUUUUGGUUCUUUGCUGGGUCGAACCCGUCAGAUGUGACAAAACAGUAUGCUCAAGUGGCUGGACUGCCAACUUUCCAACCUUACUGGGGUCUCGGCUUCCACCAAUGCCGCUACGGAUACCGAGACGCUUUUGAAGUCGCCGAGGUUGUCUACAAUUACUCCAAGGCCGAGAUCCCCCUCGAAACUAUGUGGACCGACAUAGAUUACAUGGAUCAUCGGCUCAUCUUCACCAGUGACCCAGAGCGUUUCCCCAUGGAGAAGCUGCGCGCUCUUGUGUCCCAUCUCCACGACAAUGACCAGCAUUACAUCGUCAUGGUCGACCCAGCUCUUGGUUACCAGGAUAACUAUCCUUCCUUAGACCGGGCAAUCGAGGACAAUGUCUUGCUGUUGCGUCAGAAUGGCUCCGCUUUCUUGGGCGUCGUCUGGCCAGGUGUCACAGUAUUUCCUGAUUGGUUCGCCGAGAACGUCACCGAGUACUGGAACACUGAAUUCUCAAUCUUCUUCGACGCUGACGAGGGCGUGGACAUUGACGGCCUAUGGAUCGAUAUGAACGAACCGUCGUCGUUCCCCUGCUACUUCCCAUGCAGCGAUCCUUAUGGCUCCGCAGUCGGAUUCCCUCCUCAGCCUCCGCCUGUUCGAGAGAACCCAAGGUCACUCCCAGGCUUUCCUUGUGAGUUCCAGCUACCUGGCGAGGGUGGCUGCGACAGUUCAGUAUCCGAGCGUGACCUGAUAUCCCGUCCCGGUGGUCACUUCAACGUUGAGCGCGCGGAAAGCAAGUUGUUCUUCCCUAAGAAACGUCAGAGCGAGACUGGCGACCAGUGUGGCCUGGACGGCCGCGACUACCUUUACCCGGAGUACUCUAUCCAUAACCAUGCCGCGUACCGCUUGGAUUGGAACGCUGACAAGGGCGGCCUCUCCAACAAAACUGUCCUCACAGACGUCGUCUCUCAGAACGGACUGGUGCAAUACGACACGCACAACCUCUACGGCGCCCAGAUGAGUACCGCGUCCUACGACGCUAUGCUCGCCCGCCGCCCCAACAAGAGGCCCCUGAUCAUCACACGAUCUACCUUCUCCGGUGCUGGCGCCAAAGUCGGUCACUGGCUGGGCGACAACAUGUCAAUCUGGGAACACUACCGCAUCAGCAUUCGAACCGCCCUCGCCUAUACAUCCCUCUUCCAGUUCCCCAUGACAGGGUCCGACACCUGCGGUUUUGGUGGUGAUGUUAGCGAGCAGCUUUGCGCUCGUUGGGCCAGUCUGGGAGCCUUCGGUACCUUUUUCCGCAAUCACAACGAGUUGGGCGCCGCCUCCCAAGAGUUUUACCGCUGGGAUUCAGUCGCCAACUCGGCCAGGAAGGCCAUCGAGAUCCGUUAUCGCCUGCUAGACUACAUGUACACUGCCUUUGCCAAAGCCUCGGAUGAUGGAUCUCCGUCAGUGGUGCCCUUCCUCUUUUACUACCCCGAAGACAAGGCGACAUGGGCUCUUGAGCUGCAAUACUUUUACGGCCCUGGUAUCCUUGUCCUCCCGGUCACGGAGGAGGAUGCCACGAGCGUCGACGUCUACUUGCCCAAGGACAAGUACUACGACUGGUACACGCAUGAGGCUGUUGAGGGCAAGGGAGAGACUCAUACAUUUUCUGACGUUGAUAUCACGCAUAUCCCUCUUCUCAUCCGUUCGGGUGUCAUUCUCCCUCUCCGCGAGUCUUCCGCAAUGACUCUUACGGCUUUGCGCCAGUUGGACUUUGAGAUUAUGAUCCCGCUUGAUGCAGAGGGUAGCGCCAAGGGUGAGCUCUACCUCGACGAUGGCGAGUCUCUCGACCCCGAGGACAACGGCGGUGUGAGCUGGAUCACCUUCGAGUACUCCAAUGGAGAACUUGUCAUUGACGGUGAGUUUGGUCGCGAAGCUAUGUUUGGCGUUUCUAAGGUCACCAUCUUGGGCGGCGAUGGGUGCAAGGUGAAGGAAAACAAAGAUGGCAAGUUCAGCCGCUCAAAGAGGGUGGGCAUUAGCCUGAACAAGGCAAGCAGGACCGUCCUUGAGGAUAAGAGCAAGAAGUUGAGGCCUUAA